CAACGUCCACUCUAAGUUUUUCUAACCUAGCAAAAUCCUCUCUCUUGGUAAACAAUAACAAAUAACAAUUAUUAUUGUAAUGAAAGGAAGAUUAAUGGGUCAUACCAAGAAAUAGGAUUCAGUGGGCUCUAUGAAUUUCUCGCUCAAAUAUGACAAUUCGUUAUGCCAAGAGAAAACAGUCAAUGUAGGAAAUGGGAAAAACAGCGCAGGAAUCGUUUGACUGAAGCAUUCUCAGCACUAGCUAAAGUUCUCCCAAGCUAUGAUCCUUGUGUAAAUAUAUGCAGAAUAGAUAUAUUGACAAAUGCCCAAUCCACCAUCAGACAACAGCAGGAUGAGUUGAGCAAGAUCAGUUUUAACAAAGAAGGCAGUAAAAGUACUAAAGGUGAUAUCUUCAGAAGGUUACAAGAGAGAAUCAAGAAGUUGACAUUGCGAAAUGAACAGCUCAGAGAAUUACUCACAACAGCUGGAAUUACAAUUCCAAAAUCUAUUGAAACAUUCCCAGUUGGAAAUACCAGAUUCAAAAAGGGAACUCCAGAACAAGCUAAAAUAUUUCAGAAAAAAGAAAUGGAAAAAGAAAAUAAAUCCACACAUAUCAAGAAGAAAAAAGUAAAAUUUGCCAGUGCACCUGUGACACUGAAAAGACCAAAACCUGAUAGUAAGCCACUGAACAAAUUGCCCACUAAAAAAAGGAAAACUGAGAAAACAAGUACAGCUGCCCCUUGCCUACUUGUCUUGUCACAACCCCCAAUAAAUGCUGGCAUCAAUAACUCAUGCUUCCUGUUAUCAAAUCAACAAUUCACUCCAACAAAAAGCAUACCAUCAGUAGCAAAAAUUUCAUCAACCUUUCCCAUUAUUAAUCCUCCACUAUCAUCCCUUGGACCAGGUACCUUGGUUCUAGCUAAUGGCACUGUGCUUCCAGUUGUUCCCAAACAACAAGUUUUUAUAUCAAAUACACAGUAUACUUUGAAAAAAACAAAAUGUAUGACUGGAAAUUCAGUGAAUAUACCAAAAACUAGUAGUCAAAUAACACAUAAUAAAUGUGAGAAGCAAGAUCCUCAAGCCAAUAAAAGUCGGUUAAUCAGACCCAAAAAAUAUUGUGUUACGAAUACAACUCAAAUUAAUAAAGUUCCUAUUCCCGCAUUAACGUCAGACUAUGCUAACAAUCAAUUACUGCUCAAUGAAGGAUGUUUGAUAGUAGAAAAUUCAAGAUGUUCCCAAAAAAAAUUAAAAGAUAUUCCAAAGGGCAAAAGAACCAAAGUUAUAAAAAGAAAAAUUGAAACUCCUGUGGAAGUUGAUGUUGAAAAAAGCAAAGAGGGUAAGAGCAGUGACAAAGUGGUAAAAGAGAAUGAAAUUACAAAUGAAUCAGAAAAAAUCACAGUGGGUAAAGAAUCCAGUAUCAUUAACACAUCUCAAUCAUCUAUUUCAACUACCACCAGUGCAGAUCAGAUUACCACCACUAAUCAGAAAGAUGACAAAAUUUGCAGUGCCAAGGCAAACACUCAAAUACUUGAUAACAAAGAAAAACCUGACCUAGAUAAAAUUACUUCUAAGGAUGAACAAGUUAGAGAUGAAAAUGAUCUAAAAAAAACGAAAUCUGAAAGUAUCAACGUUUCGCAUUCAGGGAAGAAUUUGACUUGCUUAGCAAGUUCAACUUCAUGUGAUGAUAACAUGAAGAACCUCGAACUGAAUCUCGCUCAUUCCGAACUCUCAAAUGAUGAUAUAUUUGCUUCCCUGCAUGUACCACCUGGCUGUCAAAACCCUGAGUCUACUUCCCCCACUGCUGCUUUUUUGAUGGCAUUUCCCCUUGUUUCCUCUGUCAAAGCCACCGACGUUAUUGAUGACGAUCAUUCUAGUCAAAGACAAACUCCUACCUUACUUCAAAUCGGUACAAUGGAUUCUACAAAACAUACUCAUACGGAUACAUUGGCGGGAAGUCUAUUGAAUUUAGAUAGCUUCUCAUUUUUCAACGCGAAAGAUGUCUGUGAAAAUUAUUAUGAAUCCUGUACGAAUAUUCUUCCAAAAGAAAAUCAAAUGAGCAGUUCUGAAAUGAAAAAUAAAGUAGAAUGUGUGAAUGUUGAUAGUUCUACGGUAGCAACAAGCGAAUCUGGUUCACUAGAAAGUGUCUUAUCAAAUUGUGGUCCCCAAAAAAAUGAUCACAAAGUUAGACAAAAUAUGCAUUAUAGUGUGUUUCAUAAUUCAGAUGACAAUCAUAAAACAAACGUUCAAUUCGAUUCAUCUGAGAAAGUUUCUUAUGAAGUAUAUACUGAUGGAAAAAGCUCUAUCGCUAAGGAUGCUGAAAAUAGUGCAAAUAAAAGUUCUAAUAUUACUGAGAAUGUGUCUUGUAAUACAUAUCCUGAAGUAGCAAAAGAUCCAAACAGAAAUAACGAAAAUGUUGAGAAUAUGUUGGUUUCUACAGACGACACUAGUAAGAAAACAGAACAAGUUUAUAAUGAAUCCGUGAAACCUAACAAUUUCGAUGGAAAUAAAAAUUCUAAAACCAUCAGCUAUCAAGACACUAAAAUGAAGGAAACGCAAGAAUAUAUCUCAUGCCAGGAGACUGAAUUGAAAGAUAUGACAGGUGCUCCAAUUACUUUUCCACAUUCUGAUUCUGAUAAGGAAAUUGAGAAAACCAAUCCUUACAACAUAUAUCAAGAAAGAUCAAUGGAUACUGUCACAGGCUUGAACGUAAAACAAAAUUCUGGUAAUGAUGAAGUGUUGUGUAAUUUUAACCAACAAACUCAAAAUCAUUGUAGCAAUAAUGCUUCAACAAAUGAUGUUAGGGUUCAUCAUAAUCUGAUUUAUAAUAACAAGGAUGGUCCAUCUAAAGAAAUUAUUAAAAAAUCGAAUGUUGAUUAUGAACUUCAUGAAAAUAUCAUUCCACAAAAUAAUUUGUAUAAGUCUUUUCAUGAUAGUAAUAAGAAAAAGAACGCCGAAAACAAUAUAAAUGAAACACCUUAUAUUUAUCCAAGAUCUGGCGUAAAAUCUUCCAAUCAGUGCAAUUCGGUGAAUACGAAUUCUGCAAUUAUAGAAAAGGAAAGUACCCACCUCUAUUCAGUUGAUAACAUGUCCUUCAAUAAUAAUUUUCAGAUGAAAUCAACCCAUACAACAGGAAUUGGAAGUUGUGAUAAAUCUUCUGCUAACAAUAAACUGACUGAAAAUAUUUCAUACAAUAUAUUUGAAAUAACGCACCCAGCUAAGACGAUAACUAGUUCAGUGAAUGCGAAUAAUUCAAAUAGAGAUGGAAAAUUAUCUCAUACAGUACAACACCAAAAUUGCAAGAAAGAUGUCUCAAAAGCAACCGAAGACAAAUCACAAUGUUAUUAUUCCAUGGUCUACCCUGACAGUUCAUACAAUAUCAAUUUCAAAAAUGAUCCUUCCAAACUUUGCCCUACAUGUUCAUACAUGAAUCUCAACAAAACAUAUUCUAAUCCUCUCUAUACCAAUAGCACCAAUUACAACUAUUAUCCAGAUGGUAAUAUCAAUCAGAAUUAUUACAAAACUUCCACACCAAAGAAUGAUACAAAAUCCUACUACUCAUUGAACUAUGAGAAUUAUCAGGAAUAUAAAAAGUCCGAAGGAACGAACUUCCCAAAAUCUUAUGGAAGUAGCUCGAGCAUACAAAGAGAAGGGAACAUAGUGGACAAAACUAAUUCUGCCAAAGACAAAUGUAUUCCUCAAAAUAAAUUAGUGAACUGGAUGACUACUCCUGAAAAUAAGGUUCAACCUUCAGACACAUUCCUAACAUUUCCCAACCAAUCAUAUUCGUUUACGUCAUGCGUUAGUGGAGAAGCAAGUGACAUUAGCAAUAUCCUGGAGCCAAAGAAACAUUUGGACGCAUCUCAUUUGGCAGAGGAUAAACAGUUCUCGUGGUCACAAUCGAAACUACCGAGCUUUUUGGACCAAACUCACAAUUUCGUCACUCCUACAUUGCCUACAUUGGUCGGUGAUCUAGCUCUAGGCAAUCCAGUUCCGUUCAACGAUCAAAAAACUGAGUACAAAUAUCCCAAGGAUCAGAAACGGAAGAAUAAUGCCUAUGAGAAUCAGACCAACUUUUUAUCGGUUAGUCAACUUGUUGAUCACAACAAAACUGAGCAUGUGCCUUCCAGAAUCACUACUAGAAGGAGCAGUGGGGGCAGAUCCAAGAAUACUGUUCAGAUGAAGAAUAAGAGACCAUCUAAGAAUGAAAGUAACGAUAAAGUCUGCCAAAUCAAACCAACUGACGUUUUCAAUGGUCCUAAUAGAGUGUUCAAUGAAUUUAAAAGUGGAAAUCAUGGGAAGAACACAUCCAGUAGUUAUUCUGCAGAAGCUUUGAUUGGAAAUCAAAUUACUGAUACAUCUAAGAAAUAUCCGUCGAAUUCAAGUAAACCUAUGGGUUCCACAAGCUUCCUUACGGAAAAUAUCAUAACUUAUUUUCCUGCUAUCGAGGAGAAUUAUUUGAAUCAGAAUCAAAACUUCCAAAACAACCUAUACACACAUAAUUCCUUUCAAACUACCAAUAAUUCUGCGGUUUCCACAAAUAGUUUUAUUUAUACUACGCCUACUAUUACUUCUAGUUAUUUAUCUAGUAACUUUGAGGCACCAUGUUACUACAAACAGUCGACAAGUAGUAAAGAUGAUAAGAACAGCAGUUACAAUAGUUUUGCGAAAAAGGCGAAGAAGAAGUUGGGGAACGAAAGUAUCAAUAGCGGUUUUGCCAACUUCGAAUUUCCACUUUUACCAAUGCCUGGUUCCACAAAUUCUCCCAUUUUACCCGAUGACUUCCAUACACCUGCUAGCUUCUUGCCCCCCACCGCUCCUUAUCCUGCAAAAACGUCCAUGUAUCAGAAGCAAGGAAACGAUUUUACUCCCAAUGGAUUAUUACCACUACCUGGACUACCAAGAAAUAACACGCAGCUACCUGAUGUGUCGCCUUCAUUGAAUUCCGUGGGUACAUCUUUGACGAACUUCAACUUGAGUACCAUAUUUCCGGAAAUUAAUAAGAGAGGUGUGUCAAACGUUUACCAAGAUAACAGAAGCAAGGAACAUUCAUCCACUCUACAAAUGCCUUUCAAUUUGGAGCCCAAAUAUACCUUCUCAUGAUGAAGUUCGAUGCGAAUUAGACCAUUUAUUGAAUACUGUAAGAGUGCAAACAGCUCAAUGUGAUAUUGUUGUGAAUAAUAUAUGAAAUAAUGUAAUAAUGUAUUAAUUAACUGGGUCACUGAGUGUUCCAGAACAAUAUAAAGCAUAUGAAAUCAUGAA